ACGCUGUCUGGAUGUUAAAGCAUAGUUUUUCGUAGUUAAUAAUUAUUGUGUUAUACUUUAUCCGUGUACAUAUUUUUCACCCCAGUCUCGGAGACAGUGUCCACGUUUUUCACGUCAUAUAGCUGAAAUAAGCAAUUGUCACAGUUUGACAGGCCCUGUUACUGCGUGUUGUGUUAUUGAAUUUUUUUAAGGAUUAUGCUAGAGCACUCGGUAUGCAUUCAGAAUGUUGAUUUGAAGGAAUAUAUUUAUUGCGAUCAUGUAUUAAACAACCGAUGAAGCCACACAAGUAAGAUGAAGCUGUCCUUUUUCCUCCUCCUCAGCAUUGCUUUCCUCCUGAAGGUCAAAGGUGAACGCCUACCCCAGGGUCAAGAUAAUGCAUUAGAGGUAGGACAAGUGAAGAAAUCUGAAGUGAAGAAUCAAGGAGGAAUCCAUGACACAGAGUUGAACAGGGUAAAAAAUGAACAGAAACUUUCUAAAGACGGUGUCGCAAGUGUAACAAAGUCCCCCAAACGCAGGAAAAGGAAAAGGCGUCGUAACACAGGAGGAGCAAAUGUUGCCAUACCAAAGAUUAACAUUCCAAAUGCUGGGGGACUGGUCGCCAAACCAGAAGUCAAAGACCCUGUAUUUAAUGUUCAGGAUAUUGUGAAAAAAGCCAAAGAAGACAGUGCUAAAGAGACCACCAAAGAUCGAGGCGUGCCUCAAGUCAAAAUGGUUCAGGAUGCUGUACAUCCUAAAAAUAUUGGAGGCAUACCUGUUCAGGUAUUCACUCCAGAGGCGAAAAAUGUGCCACAAGGUGAAGUAAAUAAUCAAAAUGUUGGAGUAGGUAAUCUUGUGAAUGUUGGAGGACAGGCAGCCAAACAGAAUGAUGGCUUGCAAAAGCAGGACUCUCAACAUGAUCAAAAUGUUCAAGAGUCAAAAAACAGUAAUUGGAACCAGGUUGCUGGAAAUGUUCCAGGAGCCAAUCAGAACUCCUUUGAUCAAGUAGCCAAUAACUUAAAUAAAGUUCAGCAGAAUAUACAAAAUGGAAAUGUUGAGUCAUUUAACCAAAAUCAGCAACAUGUGGAGACAUAUAAUAAUAAUAAUAACAUAAAUAAUAAUAAUGCCAACAAUAAUUUUAAUGUGAAUAACAAUAAUAAUUAUAACAAUGCCAACAACAACUUUAAUAACUUUAACAACGUUCAACAGCCAGUAAAUGUUGGAAAUCAGCAGGGAAGUUCUAGUAUGAGAGACAGUCUGAAGAUUGUUUGGGACUGGAGUGAUUUCCUUAUUAACUAUGAACAGUAUGUGAUGCCGGAGCAGAAGAACCGCAGGGCGCCACAGGCCACCGCGGGAGAGCCAUGGCCGAUGCCACAAUAUUACGUUGCAAAAGCUAACAAAGUGUACAAAAUCGACAAGGACAAAUUUCGAUUUAACAUUGUGAAGGAAUCCUGUGAUAUCAUAGAAAGAGCAGUGGAACGAUACAGGGAAAUGAUCAUCGAGGACACGAUUACAGAAAUGUACAACAAUCUGCAGCAUGCUCAGGGAACCAGCAUCCGAGACGUCAACCUGAAAUACAACGACGAUAUCUAUAUCAGGGCUUCAUCUAUCUCUGUUGUCAACGUCAAAAUAAGACGUCCGUGCACCAAGUUCCCCAACGAUCAGAUGGAUGAAUCCUAUGAUGUUUUUGUAAAGAAAACAGGCUCUUACAUUUGGGCCAAUGAAGUAUGGGGUGCACUAAGAGGACUGGAAACCUUCAGUCAACUGGUGUUCAGAGGAACAGAUAACGUUCUGUAUAUCAAAGACACAGUUAUAAACGAUUACCCACGAUUCCCUCACCGAGGACUUCUGGUGGAUUCUUCACGACAUUUCAUCUUCAAAGAAGUCAUCUAUGAUAUACUGGAGGGUCUGGCACAGAACAAAAUGAACGUGAUGCAUUGGCACAUUGUGGAUGACCAGUCCUUCCCAUACCAGAGUAAAACCUUCCCUGAACUCAGUGAAAAGGGUGCCUAUCAUCCCAGCUUUACCUAUACCCCUGAGGAUAUCGCUGAUAUUAUAGAGUAUGCCAGGAUGAGGGGAAUAAGAGUGAUGCCAGAAUUUGAUACCCCAGGACACACCUACUCCUGGGGCCUGAGUCACCCUGAACUCCUCACUCAGUGCUACCAGGGGGCCCACCCUGUCAGUGGCUACCUCGGCCCGCUAGAUCCCAGUAAGAACAACACCUACCGCUUCCUCAAAACAUUCUUCAAAGAGGUGCUACACACCUUUCCUGAGCAGUACAUACACCUCGGAGGUGACGAGGUCCCAAUGACGUGCUGGUCCUCUAACCCAGAAGUCCUUAAGUUGCUGAAUCAGUUGAAUGGUAAGCCUAACGAACCAAUCAAUCUUCAGAAUGUGGAUCCCUACAUGUACAGCUACGACAUCCGCAAAGUCCUGGAGUUUUAUGAACAAAGAUUGACACAAGAUUUGAAGGACAUUGGAAGAAACAGGAAGAAUGGAAUCCGCAUGGUCAUGUGGCAGGAAAUAAUGAAUAACAACAUUCAGCUUCCUAAUGACACAAUCAUCCAGAUUUGGCAGGGCGAUAUGGGCGAUGUUCAGAGGGCAAUAGACAUGGGGUAUAAUGCCCUGUAUUCUACCUGCUGGUAUUUGGACCUCAUUGAAUAUGGUACAAAAUGGCCCAAGUACUACAACUGUGAUCCAGCAGACACUUCCAUGGGUUAUCAAAUUGAUGAAAAGAAAGUUUUGGGUGGUGAAGCUGCUCUUUGGGCAGAGUACAUUGACAAUGAAAAUCUAAUGACCACACUAUGGCCCCGGGCCUCGGCUGCAAAGUUUUACAGAGAGAUAUAUGGAGCAAAACGUCCGCGAUGUGGAAUCAUCCCCAGUCGUGGCCUGGCUGUUGGACAGAUCAGUGGACCGGAUUAUUGUCUUAGGCGAGGGCAUCGUAGGGAUGGGAAUCGGGCCCACAACUGCACGGGCGACCGCUGUAACCUGGUACAGAUUGAAAAGUUUAAUUUUCAUGUUCAGCAGCGCGGCCGCAGUAUGGCAGAGUGCAAUCAAAUGCUGGCCAAGGGAGGAAGUGUAGUGACAGCUUUAUUAUUAAUUCUAGUGCUGGGGGCCGUCAUCUUCAGUCUCAAGAUGAGCGGUACUAAAAUUGUUCAGCUGAAGGUCUGUCGGAAUCGCAGCAUCUUCCUGUCCUUCAUUCUUCUCAUCGUCAUUUACUUCAUGUGUUAUACGUCACUCUGGAUGCAGGUGCAGGAGUUCAAAGGGUCAUUUGAAAAGAGAAUUAAGUCAUCAUAUUCUGAUCACAAGUACAGCUAGAGUUUAAGUCACUAUCAUUGUUAUUCUAUUUUUUUUUUUGUGAGUUUUUAUUUUUUUUGUCCUUAUGUUUGAUGUGAAGAUUAAGAUAGAUAUUGAGUAUUGAUUGAUUUCCUUUUUUAGAAGACAGUUUUUAGAGGUCUGAAUUUUGGAGAUUUUAAAAGUUGAAAAUCACUGCUCUGAUUAAAUUGAUGAGUGUUAAUAGUAUAUGAGUAUGUUUUUUUUUUUUGUACAUGUAUAAGACAGAAGGAAAACUAGAGCAAUAUUAUUCGUGUAUUAUCAAUAUGGAUAUGAAGUUUGUUAUGAAUGUUGAUAAGAUAGGAAUAUUUAUUGUGUGUUUUGAGUGUUUGAGAAUUUCAUUUUCAGGUGUUCUAUGUUACAGUGUGAUCUCGAAUUAAGAGAAAAUUGUAAUUAUUUGUUUUUGUGUCAGGUAUUAAAAUGUUAUUAUAAUACACUUUGACAGAAGAAUUUUGACUAGAUAGAUAGGAUACAUUAUUGAUCUAUAGAGCAUUGUAAUUUUUAUUAGAUACUCUUUUUUUCCAUAGAAAACACUUCAAUUAAGAAGUUCUUAUAUUCAAGUUUUGCUAAAUAGUGGUAUGCAUUUUACUGAAAUGAGCUUUGUUAUUGAUACAACCUUUAUACAUGUACCAAAGUAGAUACAUGUAAUAUAAGAAAUAUAGAAUUUUUCACCACAUAAAUUAUAUAUCUGUUACAAGUCAUUUUUUCAUAAUUCAUGGAUUUUCUUUUACUGUUUUCAUUACAGUGUAUAUUCUAUACUUUUAACAAGAAUAUAUUUGUUGUACUUUAAACUAAAAUAGGUGAAUUUGGCAGCAAGGUUUAUCAAUGUACAAGUAUAAAAUAAAAGAGAAAUGGCAUUCCAUUAGAUGACAAGAAUUGGUUACUGUAAAUAUUGCUCAUGUGUAGGCCCGGGGUCACUGAUCAAUCCCUCCAUUUUGUGAAUUAAGCUACCUCUGUCAUCCAUUGGAAAUGUCCUGCCAGAAAUUAGGAGAUACAGUGCAAAAAUUGAACACAGAUGAUAGCUCUCACUUUCUUUUUCUUAUAGAAUUGAAAAUUAAAUAGUGGAUAAGACUUUUUUUUUUUUUUUACCCAGAAUAGGGAAAAUGAAAAUAUAGCAAACCUUUUACAUAAUUUUGUAGGAAGUUUAUAUAUUGAUUGAGAUGCAGUAUAUAGAAAAUAAGUACUAAGUAAAUAUAAUGAAUCUCUUAGCUUGGCACAUGUGUAUUUCUCUUACAAUAAUUUCAUCAAUUUUUUUUUCAAAGAAACACAAGGGGUGUAUGUAUUUUACUUUCCAAAUGUACAUUUAUUCUUUCUCUAGAUCUUGACAAAGAAAUAAUUUCAUGUCGUGAUAGAAAACUCAUAUCAAGUAAAUUAUUUAUUACCGUACUAUGUGUAAAUAUUGUUUUAUUUAGGACACGUAUGAUGCUUAACAGAAUUUAAAAUCUGGCCUGAGCAGCAUUUAUUUGCUUUUCACAAGAAGUUUACCUCAAAAUUUUAUCUGAUGAAACCAAAGCAUAUGAGGGAAGCAAAAGAUAUAAUAACUGUCUACUUUUGAAUAAAAUAGAUAUUUACAUAAAAGAAUAAUGAAGGUGGAUUCAAUUUGCAUAAUUUUGUGAGAGGUAGAUAAAUUGUGUCCUUGGAAUAGCCUUCCUUUGAAGGUAAUCUGUUUCUACUUCCGUGAAGUAUUGUAGUCUAUGAUAAUGUGUGCAGUGCAAAGCAAAAGGCCAAACUUUUCAUUUGUUUAUUUCAUUGAACCCACCACUGCUUUACAUGGCUUUAUAUUUAAGUUUUCUUGUUCCCCCCACUUGCUUUAAAGAAUUUUGAAAAAUCUUGUACAGGCUUUCUGAAGAAUUAUACAAGGUUUCAUGUUAAAUUGUAUUGAGUAUUUAUUUUUUCUUUCCUUGUACAGAUUCCCCACCCCCACAUUUUCUGAAUUGCUGAAACCACCAUGGGUAUUUUAUUUUUUUAUUUCUUUUUUUUACUAUGAAAAAUUGAAUCUUUCUCUUCAUAUGUAAGUGUUGAUAUCUUUGAGACGUGCUGUUGUCAUCCUUCAGUACAUGUACACUUUCUUUACAAAUUGCCACUUUUAUGCAUCUCAGAUAUGAAAGGAAAUAACAUUUUUACCAAUUAAAUACACCUGUCUUCAAUUACUAGAAAUCCUAAAUAGUUGAUAUUAUGAUAGGUUAUUUUUGGCAUCAGUUUGGUUAAAGUUAUAAAGUUUUAUUUCAGUGUUCAAAAUGCACUUUAUAUAUUUGCAUUGUACCAAUUAACAAAUAAGUAACUCUCAAAUUAUCAGGGGAGACCACUUUUGAGUCAUUAAAUGCUUGUGUAUUAAAUGAAUCCUGCUUUUAUAUGUUGUAAUUUUUGAAAGAGAAAAAAUAUUGUAUUUUCAACUUUUUAUUUGUUAACAAAAUUUUCUACGUUAAGUUUGUUGAGAUUGGAAAAUAUUUCAAUGGACAAUAUUUUACGCUGUUGAAGCCAUUGUGAGGCUGGUCCAUAGAUAUUGUUACAUCUGUACAGAAGUUGAUCAGAAAGAUUUUUUUCUUUUUUUUAUGCAUAAUACUAUAAAUAUAGCUCGGAGAUAGUCACUACUGUUAAAAUCUCAUAAUCUUCUCAAACCUAUUCAUUUCAUGUUAUAGUAUUGUAAAAAAUAUCCAAUUUUUGAAGUUAAUGAUUAUGAUAUAUACAUGUACCACCUUUGAUUUAAAAAAAAAAAGAUAACACUUAAUUGUGGGGGAAAACAAAAGAACAUUGGCAUAUAUGAUUCAUUUGAUGUAACUCUGAGAAAAUUUAUUGCACAUAUGGUUUUAACAAUAGCAUUCCAAAAUAUGUAUAUCAAAAUCAAAUUUGUCAAUCAAUUUCGUAUUGAUUUCAAAGUUAAUUCUAUGCCUUUAAAAAUAUACCGGUAAUUGAACCAAAACAGAAAGCUUGAAAAACUUGCAUUUGACUUCUUAGAAUUGUUUUAAUAUUAACUUAAAUUAAGUUAUUCAAAUUAAGCAGAUCUAUGGAUUUUACAGAAUGAAAACCUUGAGUAAUUUUGGAGAUUUUGACUCUAUAAGCCUGCUGUGCAAUGCUGUGUAAUUAACAGCCCCAAAGUGCUUCCCAGUUCUAGGUUAACCUGUAUUCAUAUUAAAAUUUUUAAAUAUAUACCCUGGUAGUAUAGUAAUAUUAUAUGUCUAAAACACAAGGUUUGUGAUUUAAAUCUUUCUUUUUACUAGUACUUAACUAAAAUUUAUGUAUUUGGAUCAUAUUAUGAGAUGUAAUGUUAGCUUAUAGUUGACUAACAAGACAGUUUUAGAAGAGUUCUUCUUUUUUCUGUACAGUGGUUGUACGUUUUACCAGUGUAAAUCUAAUGUCGUUCUUGGUGGCAGAUUAUUUUGUAUAUAUACAUGUUUGAGGAUGAUAGCACUUUAUGAUUGUUGUUAAAUGGAGAGUAUGUCACAGACUGUGAGAAAUAAAUGUUGCCAAUAAAUGACUUUCUAUGC